CGUGGUUGAGCCAAGGGCACCGGUUGAAAGACGAGAGAUAGCAAGGAAGCUGCACCGAGAGUUACUUUGCAUCAAAGGCUGUCACCGAAGAAGUUUGCGGUGUGUUGAAGAGAAGCAUCCUGUGAAGCAGAAAUGGACCAGGCAAGGUCAACAAUAUCCAAAAUUUUUAAUGGGGAGCCACACUCCUACACACGUUUCAACUUGACCCAGAAUAUGGAAGGUGAUAACAGCCAGGUGGAGAUGAAGCUGUCAUCCGACAUGGAUGAGGAGGUCGGGGGAAAUGGCGUGGGAGACCACCUCAAUCACAACUCCAACAGCAAACCCUACGUGGCUCCAAAGCUUAAACACACACCCCAGAACCUUUUCUUCAUGGCAGCCUCAACCCUCCUCAUCUUUAUCAUUGGGAUCUUGAUUGGCUACUUGGUUCAACAUAAGAAGGACACUCCUCCCAGCUGUGCAGCCUCUGUCCUGCCUUUUGAAGACCCUGUUCCCCACGAAACGGGUGCCGCCCCCCUCAUGGAUUGGGACGAUGUCAAAAAGCUCCUCGCUCAAAAACUCAGUGCAGAGAAAUUUGAGCCUAUUUUCAGUGAGUUUUCCAGUGAAAGUCACCGGGCUGGAUCUCCAGGUGACGAGGUUCUGGGGAACAAGGUCCUCAAGAAGUUUAAAGAGUACGGCAUGAACACCUGGACCGACGAGCACUUUAUUAAGGUUCAGGACCCCCCAGCUUCUGGCUUCAACAAAUUUGUUUACAAAGGAAUGGAGGAGCGUCCAGAGGGAUUCCUGUCCUACAGUGCCAGUGGAACUGCAAAUGGUUCCAUCUUGUAUGCAUAUUACGGGAUGGAAAAUGAUUUCAUGUUGCUGCGGGACAGGAACAUAAACCUGAGCGGCAAGGUCAUGCUGGUCAGAGCUGGUAAGAUCAGCUUUGCUGAGAAGGUAGCUAAUGCUGCUAAAAUGAAUGCCUCUGCUGUGCUGAUCUACCCAGACCAUGCCGAUUACACUGCUAAAGACAUUGCACUCUUUGGACAUGUCCACCUGGGUUCAGGGGAUCCCUACACCCCAGGCUUCCCCUCAUUCAACCAUACCCAGUUUCCACCUGUCCAGUCUUCAGGCCUGCCUCAAAUCCUGGCUCAGACCAUCACUACAGUCAUGGCUGAAAAGAUUCUGCGACAGCUGGGGGGUCAAAGUGUCCCAGAAUCGUGGGGAGGCAGCUACAAACUGGGAGAUGAGAGUGAUCUUAUUACCGUGGAGGUCAACAAUGUUCUUACUGAGAAAAAGAUACACAACGUCUUCGGUGUCAUCAAAGGCUUUGUGGAUGCAGAUCGAUAUGUGAUUAUCGGUGCCCAGAGGGAUGCUUGGGGUCCAGGCUUUGCUGCGUCGACCGUUGGCACCAGCAUCCUUGUUGAGUUGGCACGUUCCAUCUCAGAAAUGGUGAAGAAUGACGGAUUGAAGCCGAGGAGAAGCAUUGUGUUUGCUAGCUGGAGUGCUGGAGAAUAUGGGAGUGUUGGCGCCACCGAGUGGUUGGAGGGUUAUCUGUCUUCUCUCAGCAUGAAAGCUUUCUGCUACAUCAACCUGGAUGGCGCUGUAACAGGUCAGAAUGGAUUUAAAGUAGCAGGCAGUCCCUUGAUGCACAGCCUGUUCGAGAGCACUCUGAAAGAGGUGAAGACCCUAAACAAGGACAUGAACCUCUUUACUAGCUUUGGAAAGGGGAACUGGGAAUCGAAUGUGUUGGAGCCUCUGAAGAUGGAUAACGCAGCUUAUCCUUUCCUUGCCUUUUCUGGCAUUCCCUCAGUCUCAUUUAGAUUCACCCAUGCAAAUUCAGACUACCUGUACUUCGGCACAAAGCUUGACACCCAGGAGAAAUUGAACGGGGUCACGGGCAACAAGGUUCCUCAGCUGGCUGAAAUGGCGACCCAGUUCGCAGGUCACGUGGCUCUGCGGCUGGUCCAUGAUCAUCUCCUGCGGAUGGACCUGGCGAAGUAUGACAAGCUAAUACGCAUUCAAGUGGCUCAGAUCAACGCGAAAGUCAACAAUGUUCAGAGGAUGCAGCCCCAUCUGUUUCCCAAGGCCCUGACAGUGCAGUGGUUGAUCUCGGCCUCCGGGUCCUACAGCCGCGCCUCUCGCAGCCUGGCGGCAGACAUCCAAAACAGCAACCUGGAGGACAUCGAGAUGUGCCGCAUCAUUAAUGACCGCAUCAUGACUGUGGAAAGGAACUUCCUGUCGCCCUAUGAGUCUCCCAGAGAGAAUCCUUUCCGCCACAUCCUGCUGGGCUCCGGACCUCACACACUCAAGGCUCUGUCCAAUCACCUGGAUGCCCUCAAGACCAACAACCCUAAGGCAGACACCGACCUGUUCCACAACCAGUUUGCCCUGGCAACCUGGACCAUUCAGGGCUGUGCCAACUCGCUAGCAGGGGACAUCUGGGCUUUGGAUAAUGAAAUCUAAAAACUAUCUCCCACCCCUCCUCCCUUGUUUAUGGUUUGGCCCUCUUUACAAUCAUUACAUUUGUCAGCGUGAAAACCAGUAGGCUGUGAUCAUAUACCAACAGUUGCACAGCUUUUUAAAUGAGAUCAAGGGGCUUGAGGAAAUGUUUCUAAAUGGAUGGCAACAUCAGUCAUCACCUCUGUUCAUAAUUUCCAACAUUUCAGUGAUGAGCUGUCUCACUUUCUUUUUUUUCUUUUUUUUUUUUUUUUCUUUAAAUCCAAACAAUAUUGUUAAAAUGACUUAAGCCUAACAAAGUUUAUUAGGUCACUUUUUUUUUUUUUUUUUUUUCCCCCCCCACUUUGAAAAGUGUCUUGAAUUAUUUCAACAUGUGCUACGUCACAUUGUGAAUACUUUGGUGCUAGUAACGACUACCUUCAAAUGGCCAUGUUAUGUGACCAUACUACUUAAAUUGGCGUUGGUCUAUGAAUGAGUUGAAUGUAGUGAAAGCGAUGCCUUUUCAGCACAGUAUCGGGUCAUAAUCACAGCAGAGGCUGUUUCCCAGCUCAUGAAACACAAAGUGGCAAUAUGAGAUAAUAAUCAAAUAACUCUGCAUUUGUUUACCAUAAUGAUUACAAGAUCAAAACUGCUGGUAUUUCCACUGCUGCUGGAUCCGCAUGUUCAAACCUGAGCUGGUUUACGUUGGUAGCUUUAGUUUCACACUGUGCUGAAAUCUGUUACUCAACUCAUUGUCAGAGAUUCAGAAGUUUCCUAAAAGGACCAGAGAUUAAUUUUCAAUAACACAGCUGUUGCACAGAACAUGCACCAAAGUGGAUUUGGACAAUUAACUGUCGUUACUUGGUACUGUUAAACACUCGUGCUGCGUUAAUCAUAGUCCAAAUUACCCGCAACUUUUCAAUUUGAAUUAGUUCAUUAUCUGAAUCGUCCACCUCCUGACAUGAGAGCACGUCUCUGUAGGACUUUCAAAAACCAAGGGAGAAUAUCUCCAACCUUGUGGCACUGCAAGAGAAACCGUAUGUCUAUUUAUUGUGUUAUUUAUUUAUCAGUGGCAGGGUUCACUAUAAAUAUUUUUUUUAUUGCCUUUUAUAAAAAUGUAUAAUUAUCGGAAGCAGUGCCUUCCAUAAUUAUGACAGUUAUACUGUCGAAAUGACAAAAGCAGCAUCUGCUAAAAGAAGUGUACAUGUUGACCGACAGCCAGUACUGAACACACAACGGCACAACUCAAAGCUCUACAAAACUGACACUGGAUUGGUCUAUCAGGCACGGCCAGCUCACAUAUCGCACCUCAGAAAAUAUUUACUGAGCACGUCUGUCAGACUGGUGCCUCUGUACAUGUACACUUCUCAUCCUGACAACAUUAUCGGGAGCAGUGUCUUCCAUAAUGUGCAAAAAGAAGGUAGUUUUUGCCUACCAAUGUGUGUGUCCGUAUCGGAGGCAGUGCCCUCCAUAUUUCACUGUAGGGGUGGAUGUUUUUAUUAUCGGGAACAGUGUUUCCCAUAAUGUGUGUGUGUGUGUGUGUGUAUAUACAGUACAAUGCUACACAAUACCAAUGUUGUCUGCAUCUUUAGAACACUUGUAUGAUGCUUCCAUGCUAAUGUACCCUCUGUAACUUCCUCUUAAGGUCUGCAGCUUCUGCCCACAGAUCUCAAUAGUGCUGGGUUUUAACAUCACCUCUUAUGGGAACAUUUCUCUAAGGUGAAGAAGCUUCAUGUCUUUUGCAGUUUCUCAUUUUAUUCAAAUGCUAAAAAUGUGGUGUGUUGUGGGUUUUUUUUUUUUCAUCCUUGGGCUUCAUAUGGAACUGAUGGAAGGCCUUUUACUUUAAAGAAUGAAUAACAAACAUGUUUGAGACCACUGGUUACAGCAGUUUGGUCCAGGAUUUCCAGAAAAGCUCACCACUCUGCAAAAUGCAUUUUGUUAAUGAUUCAGUCAGUGUGAAAGUACAUUCUACUUUCUGUGUUAAGAGAUUUCCAUGUGCCUUUUUCCUCAUGACUGCAUUAUAGAGCUCAGUUUCUACAUACAGUACAGUAUGUAAAGAGGUUUUGGAGAAUGUGUAUUUGGCUUGUUUAGUUUUUACAUUUUCUCCCCCAUGUCUGCUAGAAUCAAGUUACUUAAAAUGCCUGUUGUGCUACUAAAGUUACUGGGAAAUGGAGAAUUGUGGGGAAAAAAUGAAGGACAAUAAUCAGUGUAAAAUUUAAAUGUUACAGCAGUUUAGCAAAUCAGCAAAGUCUUUAGUUUUUAUUAUGAAAAACCACCUGAAGCUCAGAACAUUGUAUUGUAGCUAUUUGAAAUGAUCUAUUAACCAUUCAUAGUUUGAGUGAUUUUUAAACUGAUCUGCCAGGCUACAAUGAGGCAGGUGCUCAAAGUAGCAUUUCUAACUUUGGUUAUCUAACGCUCAAAUCUAAACGUCUUUACUGUGAAGAUGUAGGAAUUUGUCUACAAAAUUGGUCUUUGGUUUCCAUAAUUCUGACAACGUGGAUAAAUGAUUUAGAAAUUGUUAAAAUAAUUAUUUUUUUCUUUAAAUACACAAGUUUGCUUUACGUGUUGCUUCAAUAAACAAUCGCGUCACA